AUGAUUAAACAAAAACUAAAUAAGAAAUUUAAAUAAUUAAUAUCAUCUGAUAAAUAGCUAGAUAAAUACUAAAAAAAUAAUUAUUAAUACACUAAGUAAGUUAUGUAAAACAAUAAUAUCAUUGAAUUUCUACAGUAAAAAGAUUAUAAAAUACUAGAUCAUAAAUAAGAGACAUUCAGAAGUAAUUAUUACUAUGAGUUUAAUGGGCUAAACGCUUUUAGUUAACCGGUUUUGAUAAAAAUAUCAAAUCCUAAUACAUAAUCUUACUAAUUAGUUAAAAAUGAAUGCUAAAUAUUAAAUAAAAUGAAGAAUUUCAACUCUACUAUUUAAUUGUUUGACUGCUUUGAUUUAGAUGAAUUAAAAACUUUUAUAUUAAUUACAGAAUCAAUAAAUUAAACAUUUUAUGAUUACAUUUAAAACAUGUAUUCUUCCUCCUUAAUUGAACCUGAUUUUGGAGAAGUUGUUAAUAUUUUUUAAUCCUUACUAUUUUCUCUGUUCGAAAUUCACUCAAAGGGAUUUUAUCAUCUGAAUAUCAAUCCUCAUUCUAUUGUUUUUGACUAAAGUGGUAAUCUCAAGUUUAGAAAUUUUCUAAAUUUCAAUGAAUUAAAUUAUUUUGAAACUUCUAAAAUGAUUAAAGAUCCAUAUUACUCUUUUUUUAACUCUCCAGAAGCAGAUUAAAUAAUACCUAAAACACUCAAUAUUUACAGUUAUCAAAGCUUAGAUGUAUUUGGUUUAGGUGUAUUGGUGCUUUUGUUAUUUGGCUUUUAAAUAAAUGAACAAACGAUCAAUUUAAUUAAUAGAUAAAGUUAUAAUUCACUAGAAAAAAUGGGUGAUCCUAAGUUUUAUAAUUUAUUCUAGUUUGUUAAGAGCUACAUGCUACAACCUAAGUAGGAAUAAAGGUUUUCUGUUUAUUAACUUUAAAGGUUUUUAUUUAAAUGCUAUGAAAAGGUAAUUGUAAAGAGCUAAUUUAUAGAAAGAAUACAAAAAACAAUUCAGAUUUAUUAAUAGAACAAUUUGUAAGCAGAUGAGUAUUACUUGCUUCUUCAUACUAGUUAAAUUCUAUAUAAUGCUUAAAUUCUGAUUGAAUAAGAAGUAGAAACAAUAUUUAAUUAAAUUUAUUAAGAUGAUUCUGAUAAAAUGUAAAAUAGUUAUUCUUUGAUGUAUGAAAUAGGUAUAUUUUACUACGAAUCUGAUAAUGUGUAGAAGUGCCUGGAUUUGUUUAAGUAGACUUUGUUGAUAAGAUAAAAUUUAUUUGGCGAAAAUCAUUAACUUGUUAGUGAAUCUUAUAACAGCGUUGGAAAUAGUAAUUAUUAUCUUGAUAAUUUUUAAGAAGCUCUUUAAUUUUAUGAGAAAUCUUGUAAUUUAAGAAAAGAAUUAUAUGGUGAAAAUCAUAUUUCAGUUUCGGAAUGCUUUACAAAUAUAGCUGAUUGUUAUAGGUGGUUGAAUAAUGUAGAAAUGUCAAUUUAAUUUAAUCAGUUAGCAAUUGAUAUAUAAAAUAAAACAUAUUAAGGAAGCCAUUUUUCUAAAAUAUUUUCUCUAAUUUGCAUGGGUUAAAUAGCUAGAUGGAAAAACAAUCAUCAAAAAUCGCUAGAAUAUCACUUGUAAGUCCUAAAAAUGAGAGAAGAUAUCUAUUCUUCCAAUCACUAUGCAAUACCUCUCUCCUAUAGGACUAUAGGAAUCUGUUAUAAGUAUCUAAAGGAUUAUGAGAAAUCAUUUGAAUACCAUAAAAAAGCACUGUUAAUGAAAUAAGAAAUAUAUAAAGGAAACCAUUAAUAUGUAGCUAAUUCCUUUUUCGACCUUGCUGACUGCUAUCUUGGUAUUCAAGAUUACGAUAACGAGUUCCUUUAUAGAUUGAAACAUUUACAAAUGAUGUUUAAUAUUAAAAAAGAAAAGAUAAGAGCAUUUCAUACUAAUUAAAUAUUAUUCAAUCUUGAUAAAAUCACAGAUUUGUAUAAAAGAGUCAAAUAUUCUUUAACUAUUUUAAAAGUUCUUAAGACUAAUUUAAAUGGUAACAAUAACUUUAUGAAGUAAAUCCUCAAUUUAAUAUCCGAAUAAUAUAAACUUUUGGAUGAAGAGGAAUCUUCAGAAGAAUACUAAAAUAUAAGCAUUAAAAUGUCAAAACAUUUUAGUUGA